AUGGCUCAGAGCGCUGUUGCGAUCCCCUUGACGGGCAAAAAUCUCGUUCCGCAAGGUGUUCGCGACGCGACAGCACCACAACAACAAGCAGUAUCGAAGCUUACCAAACAGCAAGUUGAAAGCCGACUACAGAAUCAAUCAAUUCAAGGAUUCGCAAAGAUGAAGCAACUAAUAGCGGUGUCGAGUUUGAUGCUACAGUACAUGCACAGUAAUCCAAACGAACCUCUCAACAAUCCCAUAUUGGCGGGAUACGUUCACCAUGUCAAAAACUUCGCAUCCUCGCUAGGCGAGCGUACGGACCUGCUCGGGGAAUUCAAGGGGCUGCUUGAAAAGGUUCGACAAGACACCGCCGUCAUCUGUACAAGAACCGAGCAACCAGCAAAAUCAAGCGUGUCAACGGGUCUGUCCAGCGACUCCGCUAUCCUAUGGAAAACCGUGCAAGCGCACGCGUGCAAGCCAGACCGUGCGGAGCUGGGUAUGGAUUGCGAAAUCGUCGUCAAGAUUCGUGACCAUUCCGAACGUGCGGGCAUACGGAAGCUGCAACCGGUAGACCUUGUGAAGCAUGCUGAACGAGCCAGGGCUGAAGCAGCAAAGAGCACUCCACGCCUGCCUCUAGCCGGUCUUGCCUAUAUCGCCGCACGACAGCUUCCGUCGGGUGAUAUCAGCCUAGGUUUUUGUCACGUGCGGGAUGUCCCCUUCCUCUCACUUCGUUCGUUUCAGGGCACUCUAACUCUACAGGAGACCAUCUCUCUCACUCCCUCCUCCGCGCCUUUUCUCAUAUUUCUGCUUACUCUCUCAUAUUAA